AUGGCCUUGCACCUGCAGUUAUCAAAAACACUCACAGCUUUGGACUGGGAAUGGGCCGACGCUGCUACGGUGGCCCGCAUCGUGGAGAGCCGUGCUGCGGGCUUCCCAGUGGGGCGGUACGUGGUCGGCUACUGGGGGUGGCGCGACCGCACCGUGGCCGAUGUGGGGCCGGACGCUCCCUACUUCAUGUCUCCGGCUAUGCUGGUGCCAGACCUGGGGGAGCUGCCCCUCUCCCUCUCUCUGGGGGUGCUGGGCAUGCCCGGAAUCACGGCCUACUUUGGACUGCUGGAGGUCUGCAAGCCUAAGGAGGGAGAGGUCGCCGUAGUCAGUGGGGCAGCAGGUGCUGUGGGGUCCAUAGUCGGGCAGAUAGCGCGCCUCAAGGGGUGCAAAGUAACUGGCUUCGCGGGAUCAGACGCUAAGCCCUUCGGCAUGUUUGGCUUCUAG